AUGCCAGACGAUGACGCCAGUCGCAGUGAGAAGGAGGAUGGCAAACGAGAGCCUACUACAGCACGUCCAAAUGUUGUCGGCCUCUUCACCAUACCCGCACCCUUGAAGCGGCUCUUCAACAAGUUCCCUCUCGUCACCUACCCAGCAAACGAGCUGCCAUUGCGCGCGCAGCGGCCAUGGCAUCAGCAUGCCUUGUACGUCUUCACGACUCCAGAGGGAGAGAUAGCUGGCUCGCCUUCUUUCAAUCCAAGCUGCUUGAAAUGGCAGGCCUACCUCAGAUUCUGUGACAUAGAACACCGCACCGUGUCAUCGAACAAUCAUGCCUCACCCAGCGGCGCACUGCCUUUCCUCCUUCCAUCCGAAGGCUAUGUGGAGUUGCCGUCGCCUCCGCCGGUCCUAUCAGGGAAGCUGCAGAGAUGGGUUCUCUCACAUAGCUCCAGCGCAACUCCAGAAUCCUCUGAUCUCCGCUACGAGGCUUACAUUUCCCUUCUCGAUCACCGAAUACGUAGAGCAUGGCUCUACACGUUCUACCUAACUCCUAACUUCUCCUCUCUGGCGCUACCUCUCUACAUCAACCCAACGACUAGUAACCCGCUCGUCCGCCAUGCUCAAGCUCAUGAGCUUCAUAACGCAGCCGCUGCGGAGUUGCUCAAACAAGCAGCGGUCAUCGAUGCCGAGACGCUUUACCGAGAAGCGGAGGAAGCAUUUGAAGCUCUAGACACGCUACUGAGGAACAACGAGUGGUUCUUUGGUGCAGAUGGUCCCGGGUUAUUCGAUGCUGCUGUUUUCGCAUACACGCAUUUGCUGCUCGACGAAGAGCUAGGCGACGGUUGGAGGGAGCGGAGAUUAUGCGAUGCAGUGAGGAAGAGCAACGGCCUAGUCAAGCAUCGGGAGCAGAUAUUGGAGCGAUACUUCUCAAGAGAAUCGUAG